UGACUGUGUGUGGAGUCAGAUGCCUGGGAAUGAGCAGAAGAAGCUGCAGUACAGAGAGUUUCUGAAGCGCUUUGGUGCGCCAAGCAGGACAGAAGCAGUGGGUCCCACCAACAGUGUCCCAUCACCGUCCUCUGAGCCCAGACAAACAGCCUCAGCAACAACAUUUCGCACAGAGACUGUAGGUGCCAUUCUGCAACGCACUAAGUCUGCCCCCCAGUGCACCUCCAGGCGUCCGGCCUCAGUGGGGAGGCCGGGAACAGGAAGCCCGCUGGGGAGCGCGGAGAGGAGGCUGCGUGGGGCCAUGCAGCGCUGCUGGAGAGAGAUCCUGAAGAACUGUGCCGAGGUAGAUCCUCAGCAAGAGGGACACAUCAGCACUACCUCCUUCCUGGAGAUCCUCCAAUCCCUCGGCAUCAGUAUGACUCAGGAGCAGUUUGAGCAUCUGGCUGUGAAGUUUGACAUCAGCAAUAAUGGCUGCGUUUCAUAUCACAACUUCCUUCGUCACUUCCUCUUGAACCUAAAACCAGCAGAGACCAAGGCGGCAUAUGAACGACGUAGACUCCCUCUCCCUAUUACACCGGCGAGCCACGGUGUUCUGAGCAAAGAUGGCGUGGAGGUCAUGCUGAGGAUGCAAGGUGCCGUUCACUCCUCCUGGACCUCUAUCCGACGCUGCUUCCUGACGUGCGACCGCAGCCGUACAGGAAGCGUCUCUGUGCAGGACUUUAGGAAGGUGCUGCGCCACUUCAGCGUCAGGCUGUCGGAAGAGGAGUUCUUCCACCUCAGCUCUUAUUUUGAUGCCAACACCACAGGAAGGAUCUGCUACAACGACUUCCUGUGGGCCUUUCUUCGCUGACCUUCAUUCAGAUGCCUACUGCUGCUUUGCUACAUUGUGGUAAUUUGGUUAAUUGGAAUUAGUUAUGUGGUGAUUAUGCACUGUAGAAUACAAAAUUUAACCGGAAGUGGUGAGCAGAUCACUCCGCAUUUGAUCUUAAAUCCCCUGAAAAUGCAUUUCUCUGUAACAUUAAAUCUUGACACUAAACA